AUGGACAACCUAUUUACCCUAGGAUCGUUAGCCCUAAAAAGGCUAAGAGAUUAUUCCCAUAUUACGGGCAUAUUAUCCUUGGAGAGAAUGUGUAACUCUUGUGUAUUUUCAACCCUAAAUAAGAAUAAAUCAAAGGUAAAUGAACGGCUUUACAUUGAUAAUAUAGGGGAGACCAAGCUAAUGUUCGUUAAGAUAUUAAACGAAGGCCGGGAUGAGGCUAUGCUUAUUGAUAUCAUUCUCACUUUACCCUCAUCCCUAAUUAUAUCAGAUCGAUAUAACGAGGUGGGUACCCCAUAA